CCCCACGGCAGCCAGAGCACUCCACCCACACUCUGACCUCUUACUUUACUCAACUACCCCUGGGGCCGCCAAGACACAAUCAAGUCAGGGCAGCAUGAGCCGAGCACCUCCCCACCCUAUCCCACUCCUGUCUGUGGGCUCCCAGGAUGCCCCUGCUCCCCUGUCACCACGGCUGCCCCCUCUGCAGCAUCCCUCCUCCCACUCACGGUCCUCUCGGUGUGGGCCUUCCACCUGGGGUCUCGGCUGUCUUCUGGCUCUACAGCAUUUCCUGGUCCUGGCAUCUCUGCUCUGUGCCUCCCACCUGCUGCUGCUUCACAAUCUUCCCCCAGGAGGGCUCUCAUACUCACCUGCUCAGCUGCUGGCUUCCAGUUUCUUUUCAUGUGGUAUGUCUACGGUCCUGCAAACUUGGAUGGGCAGCAGGCUGCCUCUAGUCCAGGCUCCAUCCUUAGAAUUCCUUAUCCCUGCACUGGUGCUGACAAACCAGAAGCUACCUCUGACCACCAAGACACCUGGAAAUGCCUCCCUCUCCCUGCACCUGUGUAGUUUGACAAACUGCCAUGGCCUGGAGCUCUGGAACACUUCUCUCCGAGAGGUGUCGGGGGCAGUGGUGGUAUCCGGGCUGCUGCAGGGCACAAUAGGACUUCUAGGGGUGCCUGGCCGUGUGUUUCCCUACUGUGGGCCACUGGUGCUGGCUCCCAGCCUGGUGGUAGCAGGACUGUCUGCCCACAAGGAGGUGGCCCAGUUCUGUUCUGCUCACUGGGGCCUGGCCUUGCUGCUCAUCCUGCUCAUGGUGGUGUGUUCUCAGCAUUUGGGUUCCUGCCAGGUACCGCUGUGCUCCUGGAGACCCGCUUCAGCUUCUUCAACUCGCGCUUAUAUUCCUGUCUUCCGACUUCUUUCGGUGCUUGCCCCUGUGGCCUGUGUGUGGAUCAUCUCUGCCCUUCUGGGUCUGAGUGUUAACCUCCUGCAUCUGUCUGACCCCACAGAGGCACCGUGGUUUUGGCUGCCUCACCCAGGUGAGUGGGAUUGGCCCUUGUUGACACCCAGGGCCCUGGCUGCAGGCAUCUCCAUGGCUUUGGCAGCCUCCACCAGUUCCUUGGGUUGUUAUGCCCUGUGUGGCCAGCUGUUGCAUUUGUCUCCUCCACCACCACAUGCCUGCAGUCGAGGGCUGAGCCUGGAGGGGCUGGGCAGUGUGCUGGCAGGGCUGCUGGGGAGCCCCCUGGGCACUGCAUCCAGCUUCCCUAACAUAGGCACAUUGAGCCUUUUCCAGACUGGUUCACGGCGAGUAGCCCACCUAGUGGGGCUGUUCUGCAUGGGGCUUGGGUUCUCCCCAAGACUGGCUCAGCUAUUCACCAGCAUUCCACUGCCUGUGCUUGGUGGGGUACUGGGAGUGACCCAGGCUGUCGUUCUGUCUGCUGGAUUCUCCAGCUUCCACCUGGCUGACAUCGACUCGGGGCGAAAUGUCUUCAUUGUGGGCUUCUCCAUCUUUAUGGCCUUGCUUCUGCCAAGGUGGCUCCGGGAAGCUCCAGUCUUGCUCAACACAGGCUGGAGCCCCUUGGAUAUGUUCCUGCGUUCUUUGCUGGCAGAACCAAUUUUUCUAGCUGGUCUUUUGGGCUUUCUUCUAGAAAACACCAUUUCUGGUACACGGAUUGAGCGAGGCCUAAGUCAAGGACUGCCAACUUUUUUCACGGCCCAAGAAACGCAGAAGUCCAGAGAGAAGGCUGCUCAAGAAUAUGGGCUCCCAUUACCCAUCAACAACCUGUGUUCCUGCAUCCCACAGCCUCUCCAUUGCCUCUGCCCAAUGCCUGAAGACCCUGAGGAUGAGGAAGGAGGGCCCUCUCAAACAGGGGAGACAGCAGACUUGUUGUCUGACUCUGAGGAGUCAUGCCGUACAGCUAACAGAGAAGGGUUUAGGUCCCAGUAAUUAGUCAGGAGCACCAUUUUUUCUUUAUUAGUUUAGCAGUAACUCCCAGCUUGCAGGAGUCUUGCCUCCAAGGCAAUACUUUCAGUGAGAUAAUGUAUGUGGCCCAACUAGAUGCGCCGUUUCCCAGUAGAACGGGCUGCCUUUCCUCCUCUUUAUCAGGCUAACGU